CUGCCGGUCAGAUGGUAUAUUUUAUCAUAGGCGGCAAUAACAAGACAAUAGCGUGAAAAAAUGUAUUUAACUCUAUUAAAUGGAACUGGCUAUGUAUUCAGUGUGGAUGAUUACAUGGAGCUGCGAACCAAACAUCGGCUAAUGGGUGCUCUCGUCGGCACCGCGAACACCAAAGGCUGGAGCCCCAAUCAGUCCACUCUUCCCGUAGAGUUGACGAAAUUCGAGACACAAUUGAUCCUGGACGAGGGCAUAGCUCUGCUGGUCAAUAAAUCAAAAGCAUUUAGUACAUCUCCUACUCCCAAAGAACUGGCGGAAUAUAAAGCCGACCUUAAAGAGCGUUUGGAGGGCCAGGCAGAUGCCCUGAAGGGGGAGAAACUACGAGAGACCGAGCGUUAUAUGGACAAGAUUCUGCUUGGAAAACGCAACAAGUUGUUGAAGCAGGGUCUGUCUACGGAAGCUGCUGCCUUAGUCGGAGACGAUGUGCUCAAGGAAGUGGCGGACAACUUUAAGUUUGACCUACAGAAUGCGCUAAUGGAAGUUCCCUGCCAACACCUAAGCAAGCACACUGCGGAAAUUAUUCCAGGACCAAUUGUGGACACCAGUUGCAUCAGUUUCGUGAAAGCGCCGUGAGGAGGGAUAGGGAUUUCAGGAUUCGCGAAUCCUGAACGAAACACUUUUUCUUCGCCCCCACUUUUCCUCCCAUCGCUGAGUGAACAGCCGUCGUGUUGGAGACAAACA